AUGUCAAUUUUUGGGCUUCUAAAUGCCAAAAAGAAGUCAUGCUCGGACACUCUUGCUUUAAGGAAAACACACUCUACUGGAGAUAUCGAGGAUUCAAAACCCGUACUGAAUACGAACGCUGCUAGUAGAAACAGAAAAAUAACAAUUCAACGACCUUCAUCCCUUUCGCCAAACAAUAACCCAAACGAAUCAACUAUAAGCAGUAUUCUCAUAACUUCUUCUUCCUAUGUUGGAGACCAAACAACUCUACUGUCACAAAUAUCACAACAACAACAGACAGAUCAAAAGAUGAGAUCAUCACAGAAUAAAACGUUGCCUCCCGUAUUAGAGGAUCGCAGUCUCAAGAAGAAUGAUCAACCAAGCGUCAGAACACAUCAUAAAAAUAAUAUAAAGAAUAAGGAUGCCGAUGCUAUCGCUAGUAGUCAACAGUUAGCAGACAGGCUACGUGAUAUUACUGCAGAUGAUAUGGAUUUGCUAUUAGCGUUGGAAACACAAGCUCGGAUGGAUUAUCAGGAAGAAAAAGAUCAGCUCCAAAGAGAACGGGAGGGAAGUGAGCAAUCAAACGAAAGUAGUAAUAGUAGCGGAAGGCCAUCAAGGUUAAGGUUCGAUCUUCCCGCCACACCAACUGUUCGGUCACCAGACCAAAAUAAUGAUACCUCUACUAGGGGCAAUGGUAUUGAAGGAAGUGACCAACAAGAGGACCCUACCAGUAGCAGCAACAAUAGACGGUGGUCUCUGCCAGAUAUUCCUCUGUUACAUCAACAACAAAGACAGAAUCGUAUUAGUCGCUGGGGGCGUAGUAUCAUGUUCAGAAGACAGUCAGAAGAAGUAGAAGAGGAUGGCGAAGAGGAAGGUUGCGGCAGUAGUCUCUUCAACAAUAUGGGAUCGGCGAUACUAUUAAAGACAAAAAGUAACACAAGUAAUGCAAGUAACAAUAGCAGUAACAGUAGUAGUAGCCAGAGUUGUAACACGAAGAAAAAGAGGCAGAAAAAGAAGCAGAACAAUGAAGUUGUCCUUGGUUGCCGUGUUCAAUUAUACAAAAGACCUUUACCUAUCAUUGGUACGGUCAAAUAUAGAGGCGCUGUCCAUUUUGAUUCAACAGGUGAAGAAUGGUUAGGAAUUGAAUUAGAUGGCAGAGUGGGCAAUACCGAUGGGAAAGUAGACGGUAUUCGAUAUUUCCAGAGCAAUUCCAAUUGUGGUAUCUUUGUUAGAAAAGAAGAUACCAGAAAGGUCGCUUGA